UAGUGCCUGGAGGGCAGCAGCGGCAGCAACGGCGAGUGGUUCCGUGUGGCCUAGAAAAAUCCUGCAAAAAUGUCUCUAUACCCAUCUCUCGAGGACCUGAAGGUAGACAAAGUAAUUCAGGCUCAGAGUGCCUUUUCUGCAAACCCUGCCAACCCAGCAAUUUUGUCUGAAGCGUCUGCUCCCAUCUCUCAAGAUGGAAAUCUCUAUCCUAAAUUGUAUCCGGAGCUUUUUCAGUACAUGGGCCUGAGUUUGAAUGAAGAAGAAAUACAUGCAAAUAUGGGCAUGGUCCCUGGAGCACCAACUCAGGGGCAGUUGGUAGCAAGACCUUCUAGUAUGAACUAUAUGGUGGCUCCUGUAACUGGUAAUGAUGUUGGAAUUCGUAGAGCAGAAAUUAAGCAAGGGAUUCGCGAAGUCAUUUUGUGUAAGGAUCAAGAUGGAAAAAUUGGGCUGAGGCUUAAAUCAGUAGAUAAUGGUAUAUUUGUUCAGCUAGUUCAGGCAAAUUCUCCAGCCUCAUUGGUUGGUCUGAGAUUUGGGGACCAAGUACUCCAGAUCAACGGGGAAAACUGUGCAGGCUGGAGCUCUGAUAAAGCACACAAGGUGCUCAAACAGGCUUUUGGAGAGAAGAUCACUAUGACUAUUCGUGACAGGCCCUUUGAAUGCACAAUUACUAUGCAUAAGGAUAGUACUGGACAUGUUGGUUUUAUAUUUAAAAAUGGAAAAAUAACAUCCAUAGUAAAAGACAGUUCUGCAACCAGAAAUGGUCUUCUCACAGAACAUAACAUCUGUGAAAUUAAUGGACAGAAUGUCAUUGGAUUGAAGGACUCUCAAAUUGCAGACAUAUUGUCAACCUCUGGGACUGUAGUAACUAUUACAAUUAUGCCUGCUUUUAUCUUUGAACAUAUUAUUAAACGGAUGGCACCAAGCAUCAUGAAAAGUCUGAUGGACCACACCAUUCCUGAGGUUUAGAAGUCAUGUCACAACAGAAACUUCGCCGAACUUUUCCAGUUUACUUCCUUGGCAACUUAACUUUGUAUUCUGCACAUGAAGCUUUCUAGGAGCCAGAGAGCAUAUGCUGCAUGACGCCCUUUCUAUCUGACGUGGCUGGGAACCUUAACUGUUUGAUCUGAUACCUUGUUCGGACUUCGGAAUAGUUGUAGCCUUAUCCUGGUUUUAUGGAUGUGUAACUUUGGAAAGAUUUACUGAUUUUCAUAGAUUAGUAUCUAUG